AUGCACGAUGUCCGCCGUGGGUACAAGUUGCAGUCUCUGAUAAUUAGUCGAGAAGAAGCUGUCAAUAUUGAGAACCAUGAUUUGGAAGAUGUCCCUCCCCGUGAGGAGAUACUCAUGGCUCGGCACAUGGAUUUUGAGAUUGAGGGAGAUUCCAACGAACCUGAGGAGCUGUAUCUGCGUGGAGAACCGACAAAAUCUGCACCUCCUUUGCUCCCGGAACAAAGUGGCCCGACCCAGCCAGGAACGAACGCUUUCCAGCCCGCGAUAGCCUCCCCAAGUACAGAGUUCAACCCUAGGGUAUCUAGAAAUGCAAUGACGACUCCCGGUGACCCAGCAUCCGAAAUUCGCAGCUUAGCAGAUGUCGUUCAUCCACAGAUAGAAACCAGUACGACUGACUGGCUUCUGGAUGAGACUUUUAUGAACAUAUUCGAUGACUGGAGGGUGGAUGCUCCUUGGAGCGAGGCUGAGAACCUACCAUUCCCAGAAACAACCUAUGCCACACCAUCCUCUACCGGAGGUAUCGCUGCUCAUGCGACAGUGUUAGAUCUGCGGCAGAUUUGGUAUGUUCAGGUCGGAUAUAACAUCGAAAAUCUAGAUGCCUACUGCGACAAGUCAGGGCGACGGCUGCCCACGAAAUCCACAUCAGAGAUUGAUGAAUCGUUCCGCACUAGCAUCACAAAAGAACUUGGUCUCUUGCCAUCCACAGAACCAUUACCAUCAAUCGACUUUAUGAACCUUUGUAUCCAACUAUUUUUCACCCGCUUCAAUGUUGCAAUCCCGCUAAUUCAUGCUCCAACUUUCAGACCCAGUUUGAACCAUGUCCUACUUAUUCUGGCAAUGUCGGCCGCAGGGGCAACAACAAUGCCAGGAGCCAAAGCGAAACGGAUUGGCUCGAGCAUCUUCGAGCGAGCAGCGAAACUGGGUUUGAGCUAUCCGUGGGAAAGGGCACUUUCAGACAAUCCGCAGUUCACGCCGUGGAAUAUAAAAGGUUCGACGAUCAGUCAGAGCAUCGCGAUUUUGUCAGAAGACCCUUCCCAUCGAGCUAACGCAGCGGCAUACCACGGUUGUCUUAUUUCGAUUGCUCGGCAUUUCAAAAUAUUCACUGAAGUUCCUGAAAUUGAGUUGCCUGAUACGAUCUCUGAUCCAGAACUAGAUAUUCUAUGGAGAAAAUGGGCCAUCUUUGAGGAAAUGAAGAGAGCAGCUUUGAUUAUACAUAUUCAUGAUGCCGAGCUUGCGGCUCUGUUUCACCAAGAACCGGUCUUCAGGCACAGUAUGAAACUUCUUUCUGCUCCAGCGCCUGACAAUGUCUUCCAGGCACGGACCGCCGCAACUUGGGCAGGAAAGUAUAGACUCCACCAGCAAAGUCGGUUGAGUUAUCAAACCAGCGAUACUCUCGACUUGAGUCCCCAAUUCCAGAGCAGCCACAAAGCAAUCACCCUUGAAGAACGGGUAAAACAUCAGUCCACGCUCUAUUCCUGGGCAAGACUCGCUGGUAUUGGUGCGACUGUCUGCGAAUAUCGGCAAACCAACACCCUUUCUCCAAUGAAUGUUGCUGAGUUGGAGCUCUCCGUUCUCAGCUGGUUCUCUUUGACCGGUGAAUGCUGUCUUCCUAAGCGUCCUCAAGAACAACUAGAUUUGCCAUUCGGCCUUCGACCACUCUGGCACCAGACUUUCAUUGCACUAUAUACCGAUCUGAACACAUUGGAACAUCUGACUGGUAGAGACGGAAUAGCACCUUCGACGCGCGCCUUACAAUACAUCGAAGCAUGGAUCUCCUCCCGAGAAUCGCAACGAUGUCUGUUUCAUUCGUUGUGCAUACAGCAACUUGUUAGCUCUGGUAAAUUAAACGCCACCGUUGCGUUCCACACGCCAAGGGUGAUUUUUGCAGCUGCUCUUUGCUGGCAAUGUUUUAUCGUCUACUCUCAACGAUUCCCAAUCAAAGCCAGCAUAUCCGGAAGUUACGACGAUAUAUCUGAGUACCUCAUGGGAUUGCCAGAAGUGGAAGCCAUGCGAAACGAUAGUUCUCAUCCAGCACUGUAUCAAAAUAUCGUGCAGAGGGCCAUUUUCGAGCUGGUGAGGAUACUCCAAUCCCCACUGCCCGAAAUGAAGGCGAGCACUUUGUGCGUCCUUGAGGGAGCUCUUCGUCAAAUGACAACGAACGGUAUCUCGAAGAGGUUCGCAGACAUACUUCAAGUUUUCAUACUUGGAGACACCUAG